AGGGGUGGCUAUCCUUUUGAUCCAAAAAAUAAAAAGUAGAAGCCCCAUACUCCACCUUUCUUUUCACACUAACAAAGUUAUAUCACAAACUUCACGACCCACCAUGGACGUGGAGUCUGCGAUACCACAACCACCAUCGAACGGUGGACAAUCUACGAUAACCCGUCUGAAUGACUACGUGGCACAAAGUAGAGUCGGCAAGCGUUUCAAACUCAAAGAACGUAACACAAAUUUCACCACUGAGCUUCGUGCUGGUACCACUACCUUCUUAACCAUGGCGUAUAUAUUAGCCGUUAACGCUUCUAUUUUAUCGGACUCGGGCGGUACUUGUUCCGUUUCUGAUUGUAUUCCGUUAUGUUCCGACCCUACUGUCUCACCUAUCAACUGCCCCAACAACCCUAAUCUCCGUUUAAUAACUCCUGAUGCUUCAUGUAAAUUUGAACCUGUUAACCCUGGUUACGCUUCUUGUCUUGAGAAAACCCGUAAAGACUUGAUUGUAGCAACGGUUGCUUCUUCUCUUAUCGGGUGUGUUAUUAUGGGUGUUUUAGCAAAUUUGCCAUUGGCAUUAGCUCCUGGAAUGGGUACUAAUGCUUACUUUGCUUACACGGUUGUCGGUUUUCAUGGUUCUGGAAGUGUGUCCUAUCAAAGCGCAUUAGCUGCGGUUUUCAUUGAAGGGAUUCUCUUUUUACUCAUAUCCGCUAUUGGUUUACGGGCUAAGCUAGCUAAGCUGAUACCCAAACCAGUACGAAUAUCCUCCGGUGCCGGUAUUGGACUUUUUCUUGCUUUCAUUGGGCUACAAAAUAAUCAAGGUAUUGGUCUUAUUGGUUACAGUCCAUCAACACUGAUAACACUUGCAGGCUGCCCGAGAUCAUCUCGGGCAGGUGUAGCUCCGGUAAUGGCUGCCGUUAAUGGAACCAUGACACUCAUCCCUGGCGGCACUGUUUCUGGUGAUAUUUUAUGUUUGCAUGAUCGUAUGGAAAGUCCAACACUUUGGCUAGGUAUAGUGGGGUUCGUUAUAAUAUCUUAUUGUUUGUCUAAAAACAUUAAAGGUGCAAUGAUUUAUGGGAUCAUCUUCGUAACGGCUAUUUCUUGGUUUAGAAAUACUAAAGUUACUGCCUUUCCUAACACUCAAUCAGGGGAUUCCGCGUUUGAAUAUUUCAAGAAAGUUGUGGAUGUUCACAAAAUAGAGAGCACAGCAGGGGCUUUGAGUUUUAAAAGUAUAGGUAAAGGUUAUUUUUGGGAAGCUUUGAUAACAUUUUUAUACGUAGAUAUAUUAGAUACUACUGGAACUUUGUAUUCAAUGGCACGUUUUGCCGGUUUCGCUGACGAUAACGGUGAUUUCGAAGGGCAAUAUUUUGCCUUCAUGUCAGAUGCAUCAGCUAUUGUGAUUGGAUCACUGUUAGGGACGUCACCAGUAACGGCGUUUAUCGAAUCGUCAACGGGUAUAAAGGAAGGAGGAAGAACAGGUAUGACGGCGUUAACGGCAGCAGGGUAUUUUUUCCUAGCGUUUUUUUUCACGCCGUUAUUGGCGUCUAUACCGGCUUGGGCCGUUGGGCCGCCUUUAAUACUGGUUGGAGUGAUGAUGAUGAAGUCUGUGGUGGAAGUGGAGUGGGAUGACAUGAGGCAAGCGAUACCGGCUUUUAUGACCUUAAUUCUAACGCCGUUAACUUAUUCAAUUGCUUAUGGUUUGAUCGGUGGAAUUGGGUGUUACAUUGUUUUGCAUUUAGGGGAUUGGAGUAUGGGGUGGUUGAGGAAAUUUGGGGUAAUUAAGGGGUCAACAAGUAAUAUAAUUGUUUUAGAUAAUGACGUUAAGGAGAUUAGAAAUAUUUAAUUGAAUAAAGCAUAUAUUUGAGUUGAUUGAUUA